AUGAGCAAAAGUAGCCAAGACGAUAUCUUCAACUUGGAAGGCGAUAGCAGCAGUGAAACAUCACCAUUGCUGCCUACCACCAAUACAGCUCGAAUAAACACUUUAUUCCAUCGCCAGACUGCCCCCGGCCCACUCUCCUCUCCAUCUCCACAAAAGUCGCCAUCUGGCCCAUCCCCAAAAUCACUUUUACGUCGAGACAGCUCAAACAAUUUGAAUUCGAAUGGAUCUUCUCACAACAGUCUUGCUGGAAACAAGUACGACACGGAUAUUGGAGCCGCAUUCUCCUUUCACAAUGAUUCGCACUAUCUGUCCUCCACUCCAAGAGCUAGUACUAGAUGGACACAGCUCCAACCACCUCCCUCUGGGCCCGUCUUUUUUAGUAAUAACAGCAUCAAUAAUAAUCAGGAUGCACCUAUACGUCAACGAUCUAAAUCUGUCGUGCAAAUGUCAAUGCCAGAGUUACGAUCGGCAACUGACAAGGAGAACAACAACCGUGGUGACGACGACGACGACGAUGAAGAGGAGGAGGACGCUAGGUCGAGGACUUCACCGUCGCCGAUAAGGAUAACAAGUCACAUGCAAUCACCUGCUCAAGAAAGUCAUUAUAGAAGAGGAGACGAUGUAGGGCGAGGUAGUCUAAGUAAGAGUCUACCUAGACAGUCACUACCAAAUAUCGCAUUUUCACCAUCACAACCAACAAGACAUCAACCAUCAUCACCGUCUCUAUUGACACAACUACCUCCACCAGCACAGUCAAUGACGACCAGCGACACAGGCCAUCGUAAUUCGGAGGGGUUUGAGAGCAGUACAGCUGAUGAUGAUGAGAAUGAUGAGGGUGGAGAUGAAGAUUGGUUUAGAAUCAAUGAAAUGGACUUUACUACUAUCCAACAACAUAUAAUGGCAGCUGGUUUACAGACUCCCAGAAAAAAUCCUGUAGCUACAGGUUCGCCCAAACUACGACCAACCACAUUCACUAAAAGGGCUGGUAAUUCUACUCCCCACGAGAAUCUCUUGAGAAAGACGGGCGUUCUCAAAUCGAACUCGUUUGAAGCCCUUGAUUUUGCUAAAUUUGAUCAGCCAAUCUCUGAAAUACUUCGACAGUCUGCUUUUUGGAUUGAUGUUACUCUGCCGACUCAUGAAGAACUGGGUGUACUAUGUAGACUCUUCAACAUACAUCCCCUGACGGAGGAAGACAUUGAGGCCGAUGAAACUCGCGAAAAGUGCGAAGUGUUUCGAAACUACUAUUUCGUGGUGUUUCGGACAUUUGAGCAACACGAGGUUGCGUUCUUGAAGCCUAUUCAGAUGUUUAUAGUCGUGUUUCGAGAAUGCGUUCUCUCUUUUCACCAUCGCCCUGUGCCUCAUACUUUUAAUGUACUCAAAAGGAUUGAACAACUGCGGCCAUAUGGGAUGACUUUAUCUCCAGACUGGAUAUCAUAUGCCAUCAUCGACGACAUAACAGACUCCUUCCAGCCCCUUCUUCGAUACACAGAGCUAGAAGUAGACACCAUAGAUGAUCUAGUAUUGAUUCUCAAAGAAUCUGAACAAUCAGACAUGUUGCAACGAGUUGGUAUGGCUCGAAAGAAUGUGAAUCAGUUGAUGAGAUUGUUGGCUACCAAACCAGAUGUAUUGAAAACCAUCAUCAAGAGAUGUGGUGAGAGGGUUGCGCCUGGUAGUGAGACUGUGCUGUAUCUUGGUGACAUUCAAGAUCAUAUACUCACUAUGCUUCAAAACGUGUUUCAUUAUGAGGCAACAUUGUCACGAUCUCAUUCAAACUAUCUUGCAUCUAUAACAAUUGAACUGACUCAAGCAUCCAACAAGACUAACGAUGUUGUCAUGCGAAUGACGGCUCUAGCCUCAGUGCUAGUUCCGCUCAACGUCAUAACUGGAUUGUGGGGUAUGAACGUUUUGGUACCAGGGCAAGGACAGGAAAGCUUGUACUGGUUUUUUGCCAUUGUUUCAGCAAUGAUUGUAAUUUCAGGAACCUCAUUUUAUCUUGUCAGACGACAUCAUGUAAUAUAA